AUGUGUAUCUACCAUGCAACUGCUCAAUCAGUCACUUGUGGAGCCACUAUUCUCUCUGAGAACAUUACUCUAACUGUCACAUUUGUCUACGGUUUCAAUCAAGUGGAGGAACGUAGAGCUUUGUGGGACAGUUUAGUCGAGUUACAGGACACUUCUCCGGUUGCCUCGCAUCCCUGGUCUGUUAUCGGUGACUUCAAUCAGAUGUUGAGGACUAAUCAUCACUCAAAUCAUCUAUUCUCUCGUGUUGAUGAAGCGGGAAUAGAUGAUGCUAAUCUCGGGUUGCAGGAUGCUCAGUUGUUUGAGGCGCAAACCAAAGGUCCCCCCUACACUUGGAGGAACAUGCAGGAUGACAAUCCCAUCUCUACAAAAAUUGAUCAUUCAUUCAUCAACCAGGCCUGGUCGUCUGCUUUUCCUGACUCAUAUGCAGAGUUUUUGGAUCUCUCUCAGUCGGAUCACGCCCCUUGCCUUCUUAGGAUGCCUUCAAUCAGACGACGGGUCGUCAAACCCUUUAAAUUCUUCCACCAUGUGAUUGAUCACCCAGAGUACGCAGAGACUGUUGCUGACAAUUGGAAAUGCGAUGAUAUAGUGGGCACUGAUCAGUUCAAGUUGGUUCGCUUGCUCAAGAAGUUGAAGCGACCGUUGCGCAGUCUUAACAAGCGGCACUUCAGUGUCAUAUCUCAGAGAGUAAAGGGACAGAAAGAGAAGGUAGAUGCACUCCAGCGGGCCCUCCUUACCUCUCCAGACAACGCUACAGCGGCAGAGGAACAUGUUGAGAGAGAUAAGCUGAAUACUCUAUUAAAGGCUGAGGAAAAGUUUUACAGACAAAGGUCUAGAAACGGUUUCUCAGCACGCGUCAAGGAAUCAUAUUCAUUAUCUUAA